AUGACGGAUAUUCUAGAACAAGGAGAUAAUGAUUUGGAGUUGUAUACAGACGGAGAUUUCAAUGAACGUGACGUCCUUGGUGAAGACGAUGAUAAUGAUGUUGGAAAAGAAGAUGUUGCAAAUAACAGCGGGACAAAAAAUGGAUCUACUCCGGUGCCGAAACCGAAGUCCAAUGACUCAGAUCUGUAUGAUGCUGCCAUUGAACCUUCGGAACAGCAUGGCACAUCCACUGCUAGCAAGACUGAUUCACCACCUGCAGCUCGACAGACAAACAGUUCAGGGACAACACCAACGACUCAGCCAUCAAAUCCAUCACAGGCACGUAAUUUGCCGGCGUUAGGAUCUAGUGCUAAUUCGUCGGGGCGCAGAUAUUGUUGUUACAUUGGGAACAUGACCUGGUGGACAACAGAUGUUGACUUGCAAACCUUAAUACUGUCUUGCGGCGUAUCGGACCUAAUUGAUAUAAAGUUCUAUGAAAAUCGUAAUAAUGGCCAGAGUAAGGGCUUUGCGUUAGCAGUUUUUCAAGCCGAAAGUGCUGUUAAAACAGUGAUGGAGAAAUUGCCGCAGCGAACACUUCAUGGGCAGCAGUUGGUAGUAUUGCCAUAUACGAAAGCUUCACUUGCGAAAUUCGAGGAUGCCACUAGACGUCUCGACCAAAGAAGUGAUAAAAAAGAUUCAAAGAAAGACGAUGUGAAAGGGCCGUUCCUGGGGACUAUUCGAAUCGGAAUGCCACCACCAGUUCAACAGUCACAGCAACCACAAAUGACUUUGCCUCCUCCUGUCGCGCUUAGACCACAGGUGCAGGUGCCGCCUCCUAUACCGAGUUUGCGUCCACCAGCCCAAGUUCCGAUGAUGAUACCUCAGCAGCAACCUCCGCAGGUACGUGCUCCUCCUCCACCAACCCAACCAGUUCCAUUGGCUGGCAUUGCAGUCGGAGGUGCUCCUAUCAACCUCAACGCUCCCCCACCAGCUAUUCCCGGUCAGGUUCCUAUUGGCGGAGCACCACAAAUGAACAGACCACCUCCAGCAUUUCCGCAUCCGUCUCAAGGAGUACCACCACUUUCAAGUGCUGGUCCUAUGCCGCAAGCAGCAGCACCUCCGACUUCACAUCCACCUCCUGGCUUUCCCCCUCCAGGGGCACAUAUAAAUCCUCAGAUUUAUCGUCAAAAUUUUGGAGUAGAGGGGCUGCCAGAGGCAGAAUUUGAGGAAAUUAUGAACAGAAAUAGAACCGUUUCGUCAUCGGCCAUUACGAGGGCGGUAAGUGAUGCUGCAGCAAAUGAUUACGCAUCAGCAAUCGAGACGCUUGUUACGGCAAUAUCACUAAUUAAGCAGAGCCCAGUAGCGAACGAUGAACGCUGUAAAGUCCUCAUCACUUCGCUCCAGGACACUCUUCGCGGGAUUGAAACGAAGUCAUUCAAUUCCAACCGUAAACGACAUUCUAAUCGUGAUCGCUCGCGCACUCCAGAAAGGUCGUCACGGAAACGACAUCGUCGUACAUCACGCAGUCGUUCUCGUUCGCGAGAGCGGUAUGACUAUUCACCUCGCCAUUCCUCUGUCCGACGCACCGCUUAUUGA